GGCUGACCAUCGUGCCGCAGUCCCUAGAAAGGAAAGGCUUCGGUGGUGUUUCCACACCCUCAGCCCCGGCCAGUCUCACCUUGAACAUCACCAGCCGGCAGCCCCACCACACCACCUUUUUCCAGGGCCGGCAGAAGUGACACUAUGGGGUUGAAGCUCUCUUGUCUGAAAGGCUUUAAGAUGUGCGUCAGCAGCAACAGCAGCAAUCACGAUGAGGCCCCUGUGCUGAACGAGAAAAACCUGACGGUCCCCAACAUCAUCAUCACACCCCCGACCCCGACGGGCAUGGGGCUUUCCAGAGACACCAGGCAGCCAGUCUGGAUGGAAGAGUUGGGGUCUUACCUGGAUGAUGGAGAGAUGGAACCAGAAGCCUGAGGCAUUGUCACCAAAUGGUGGCACAUGUGUGACAGCUCCCUGCCCCACUGCCCCCUGCCCUGGAUGUCAGAGACAUGGCUAUCUGAGCAGUUGGAUGGGGACAGCGACUCCGGCCCUGGACCAAGACAGAGGUGGCAGGAGAAGAGGCAGGUCCCCAGCCCCAGUGGGACACGGUGCCGCCUCUGUGCCAACCCAGACCUCGGCUUGGCGAAGAGAAGGCCAUCCUGCCCUACGGCCACUGUGACCAUGGACUCUGACCUUCGAGGUCACAAAACACGGGACUCCUUGCCAGAGCAGGGCCUCCAUUUUUUACAAGUUGUUUUACAGAUACGGAAACUGUAUCCAGACUGUGAUUUAUAAAUUCUCUUUUGCAUUAUAAGUAAAGAUCCUCUACGAUGCAGGAGGAAUCCUGCUUCUUGGGUUGGGGGAGGAGAUGAUGCCCAGUACCCGUAGAGUGAGAGGAAGGGAAGGUGUUCCAGGUGGUCAGGGUCGGGGGACCAGGUGUGUCCAAGCUCUUGGCCUCUUAGUCAGGAAACUGAAAUAAAAGCCACACGGGGGUUGAAGAGAUGGCCCUGGUUAAGGGCAAGUACUGCUCUUGCAGAGGGUCAAGUUCAGUUCUCAGCACUGACACUGAGCUUUCACAACCCCCCAGUGACUGCAGCCCUCUUCUGGCCUCUGCAGGCACCCAUACACAUGACACAUAGGCACAUACAUAAAUAAAAAUAAAAAUUG